AUGGACCCUGAUGACGACGGAGAACCCUUCGGGGGAGCCUUAAACAUAGGCUCGGAGACGACGGAGGCUGAGAAAGAAUUUGAGAAGGUACUAGACGAUAUGCGGGAAGCGGAGGGACUGAAGUUGUACUCCGAUGUAUAUACGAAACUAUACGACUCCUACUACAAGAUGAAAGAAGAAAACACAAAGAACUUGGAUCAUGUCGCCAGCCUCACGACCAAGCUACAGAGAUUCGAUGAUACAGUAUCCAGUUACCAAACAGAAGUAACUGAGGCCAACAAGACUAUUGAAAAAUUAAGAGCUGAUAUCGAGGAGGCACGAGCUCUAGCAGACGCAAUGCACGCCCGCGAACUAGCCAGCGUGGAGAGUCUGGAGACCAUGAAGAAAACAGUCACCAGACUCGAGAAGGAAUUAGACGCCAGGAAACGCGCCGGUGACGAUGACGCAGGUGCAACAUCAGCUGUAAAAGAGAAAGAAAAAUUCGAAAAAGAAAAGGCUAGACUGCAGGGGGAACUGGACGGUAUCAAGCUGCGGCUCAACAACGCCCUCAACUACGUCGAAGAAUUAGAACAGCGCAAUACGGUGGCUGACGAGACCAUCGCCAAGCUUGAAGAGAGGUUAGAGGAAGCAGAUAACAAUGCAGUACGACAAAAUCGCUUGGUAGAACAUCUGAAGGGCGAAAGCGAUACUCUGAAAGCUGAGAUGGAGAGCAGGGGAAACACAAUCAACAUUCUCAACGAUAAGCUCAGCAAAUCUGAAAAGACCAUCGAACGUCGCGACAGACAGCUCAAAGAGUUAAACAAUAAAUUGGAGAUCGCCAAAGCUGAAGAAGCAGCAGCCCUCGAAAAGGCAACAAACUUGCGGGAGACCCUUGAUAUGACAAAUGCGAAAUUCGAACAGACUAAACAAACGUUAAUCAACACAACUAAAGAACUUAAGGUGUUCAACCUGGAGCGUGAGUUGGGUCGCGAACGAUUGAGAGUUCGAGCGUUGGAGGAGGCUCUAGAGACACCCCUCAACGUACACCGUUGGCGCAAGCUACAGGGUACCGAUCCAGAGAGCGUACAGCUCACACAGAAGUUAAGGCUCACGCAGAAGUAAGAAGUAUCGGCAACAAAUUAUUCUACUUGAAUUUAGAACUUAAUAAAUUAAGAGAAGAGUUCAAAAUCAAUUGAGGAAUUUUAAAUUGUACUAGAGAACUAUGACAACCACCGUAGUAGAGUGACUCGCAAUAAAACUCAUCGGUUUCAAAUAGUGCACUUUUAG